CUCUCUUUUUGCCCCUUUAUGCUUAUUGUUGACGAUCUUUUAGCUGAUUUUGUGCGUGUUUAUGUUAGUGGUGAGAGAACAGUGAAGAAGCUGAGGCUUUCGAAAGCCCUAACGAUCCCCGAGGGCACGUCGGUGUCCGAUGCGUGCCGGAGAAUGGCACAGAGGAGAGUGGAUGCGGUUCUGUUGACUGAUUCUAAUGGGCUGUUAUCUGGGAUUGUAACUGAUAAGGAUAUUUCGACGAGGGUUAUAGCAGAAGGGUUAAGGACCGAGCAAACAGUCAUUUCGAAGAUUAUGACCAGGAAUCCGAUUUUUGUGAUGGCCGAUACUCUGGCUAUUGAGGCAUUGCAGAAGAUGGUUCAAGGUAAAUUUAGGCACCUUCCUGUUGUGGAAAAUGGUGAGGUUAUUGCCAUGUUAGAUAUUACAAAAUGCCUGUAUGAUGCUAUAUCGAGAAUGGAGAAGGCAGCAGAGCAGGGUAGUGCCUUAGCUGCCGCCGUCGAAGGGGUUGAGCGCCAAUGGGGAAGCAAUUAUUCGGCUCCUUAUGCUUUUAUUGAAACUCUUCGAGAACGGAUGUUUAAGCCUUCUUUGUCAACUAUCAUCACGGAAAACUCAAAAGUGGCGGUGGUUUCUCCUUCAGAUCCUGUCUAUGUUGCAACAAAAAAGAUGCGUGACCUUCGGGUUAAUUCAGUGAUUAUUGUGACAGGAGGCCAGCCUCAAGGGAUUCUUACUUCAAAGGAUGUGCUUAUGCGAGUAGUUGCUCAGAAUCUUUCGCCAGAGUUGACUCUAGUAGAAAAGGUAAUGACUGCAAAUCCUGAAUGCGCCACAUUGGAGACAACAAUACUUGAUGCACUGCAUAUCAUGCAUGAUGGAAAAUUCUUACAUCUUCCUAUUGUAGAUGGGGAGGGGCAAAUUACUGCUUGCUUGGAUGUCCUACAAAUAAGUCACGCUGCCAUUUCCAUGGUUGAAGGAGGUCAAGGAGCUGUAAAUGACAUGGCAAACACAAUGAUGCAGAAGUUUUGGGAUUCUGCUCUUGCUUUAGAGCCACCAGAUGAGGAAUAUGAUAGUCGCAGUGAGCUUUCUGGAAUGGUACCAUCUGAUGCAGAUACUGCGAAAUCCAUGUACCCACCUCUUCUUGGAAACUCAUUCUCCUUCAAGUUCGAAGACCAGAAAGGGCGAGUGCAUAGAUUCAAUUCUGGUACCGAGAGUCUAGAUGAGCUUGAAUCUGCAGUAAAACAGAGAGUAGGGCUUGAAGAUAGCAAGGAGAAGAUUCAUUUGUUGUAUGUGGAUGAUGAAGGUGAUAAGGUUCUGCUUGCCACGGAUAGUGACCUUGCUGGAGCUGUGAAUCAUGCCAAAUUAGCAGGGUGGAAGGUUCUCAGGCUGCACAUUGAUAACUCUGAUACCAAACAAAGUACAACAAAACUAGAAGAAGCGACAAAAAUAUCUUCUGACUUGGCAGUUGUCGAAAAAAGUCAAUUGACUCCGCUUACAACAGGGCUUAUGGCUGGUGCAGUUGUAUUGACUGGUAUGGGGAUUAUGGUUUACCUGAAGCGAGCCAAUGUGUGAUCUUCCAUCAAAAAUUGAAGAACUACUUUAACUUAAUAUAGAAUCAGAGCUCGCUGAUACAAAAAAAGUAAGAGAUCAAGGUUACUCGGUUAAAAUAUCUGCAACAUCAGAUUUUAUUUGCUGAAAAAAAAUCUUGUUGCUAAAGGAAUCACAGUUCGAUGUUGUCUAGGGAGCAGGAACAUUCCAUAAUAUCCAACGUAUCAUCAGGCAAUAUUCCACUGUUCAUAUUGUUCAUUGCUCCUUUUUCUUCCGAAGCAAAAGUAGAUUGUUUCAUGUGUAAUCUAUUAUCUAUUUUCUACUUUCCAUAUAUUGCUACACUUGAAGCAAUUACAGUGGUCAUAUAUAUGCAGGAUCAGCAAUGAAGUAUAAACGUGCUAAAUGUAUGCAAGCUGACGAGGGUUUUUGCAGAAGGUCUAAUUAAGUUCCCAGUUUUGUGUUGGAGCAGAGGUUACUUAGCCUUAAUUAUCUUUUCUCCCCUUGUCAUGGAUUUUUGCUUUGUGUUGCUAAGAUGGAUUUUCGAGUUCCUCUUAUUAUUGGUAUUUACAUCAUCAACAGAAUUUUAUAUUGAACGUUGUUAUUGAUAGCCAUUGUUCCGGCA